CUCUCACUAGAGGGGCUGGGAUCGAGGCUACCUCUGUACUGUCUCUAGCUCUCUGAUCUGAGUGUUUGCUUGUACUAGGACUGUGGAACGAAGAAGAUACUCAGGGCUGUUAUGAUUCAUGAGGUCCAGGCUACUGGUUGCAUUAUUGAGUUUCCUUGGGUGUGUGAUUUUUGCUGCUGUGAUGUGGAUCAACUCUUCCCCCUCUUCGCUGAUGCAUGUUGAGCCACGCCCACAAAAGUUUCGCAAGGUGUCCGUUGUGGUUCUCGAUGUUGACCAGGACAACAUCAAACAAAUUUGCCAGAAUAUCAUUCAGUCCUUAUCAAAACACGAGUUGGAGCCUGAGUUUUUAUUGUCUGUUUAUGAGCCUGUGAAGUUUGACCUCCAAUCAGCCAAGAUCAAAGGUUACCAUGUCGAGAAAAUCACAAGGCGGUCCACUUUCACAAGCAGUGUGUUAGAAGGUUUUAAGAAGGCCCACUUCACUGUCAUGGCGGUGGUUGCUGACACAUCCGUGUCCAUUUCAGAGCUCCUUCCUCAGCUAGUGAUCCCAGUGGUGAAGAAAGAGUGUGACAUGGCACUAGCCAAGCACACAGACACAUCACACAUUCUUCUUGGUAUCCUCUCAUUUCCCCUCACCCUGUCUCUCUCUGGUGGUGAGAAUGCUACAUCUUUCUCUCUCAGCCGGGCGGUGUGGCUGAAGGCCUGCUCACACGUAUCACAGGACGCCUCCUCACUCAGCCUGGAACUUCUUUCAAGAUGCCGUGUGAGUGGUCACAAGACAGUGUACAUUGCCGGUGGUAGUUCUGAGCAUGUACACGAGGUGGAGCUUCUGUCACAGAUAUUCUCACUCUAUUGGUCCGUACACCCCAUAUGGUGCACUCUCAUCAUCGUGGCAAUAUGUAUCGGACUGUUCCUCGGACUCAAAAUGUAUAGAACUUCCACCACCAUCGACCGUUCACUGCUUGUUUUAUAAUUGUGUCCUAGCUCUAUAAAUCAACACAUGCAGGUGUUGGUGUAUAUACAGUCAUGCAUGUGCAUAUAUGAUUGACAAAUGUGCAAUGAUUUUUUAAACAAAAAGUGA